AAUGAAAGAGCAAUUCUCUCAUGCGAAUAAAUAGGUAAGAGAGUUCGUUUGUAAGGUAAGCUAUGUGCAAUUGUUUUUCAGAUUGGAUAUGAGCGUGAACGUGAUUUGAAGCCAUUAGGGGAUUUUGAUGAGAAAUUGCCGUGCGCUCUCUCCUCUCUCCUCUCUCCUCUCUCCUAUCUCCUCUCUCCUAUCUCCUAUCUCCUCUCUCCUCUCUCCUCUCUCCAAUCUCCUCUCUCCUCUCUCCUAUCUCCUCUCUCCUCUCUCCAAUCUCCUCUCUCCUAUCUCCUAUCUUCUCUCUCCUAUCUCCUCUCUCCUAUCUCCUCUCUCCUAUCUCCUCUCUCCUAUCUCCUAUCUCCUAUCUCCUCUCUCCUAUCUCCUAUCUUCUCUCUCCUAUCUCCUCUCUCCUAUCUCCUAUCUCCUAUCUCCUCUCUCCUAUCUCCUAUCUCCUAUCUCCUCUCUCCUCUCACCUCUCUCCUCUCUCCUAUCUCCUCUCUCCUAUCUCCUCUCUCCAAUCUCCUCUCUCCUAUCUCCUAUCUUCUCUCUCCUAUCUCCUCUCUCCUAUCUCCUCUCUCCUAUCUCCUCUCUCCUAUCUCCUAUCUCCUAUCUCCUCUCUCCUCUCACCUCUCUCCUCUCUCCUAUCUCCUCUCUCCUCUCUCCUCUCUCCUAUCUCCUCUCUCCUAUCUCCUAUCUCUUCUCUCCUCUCACCUCUCUCCUCUCUCCUAUCUCCUCUCUCCGCCCCACACCUCCCUCCUUCCCCGAUUCUGCCCCUACCGUGUCUCACCUCACCCUCUCAGGUCAAUGCUUUCAACCUCGCAGCAGCCAGCAGUGUGACUCGGUGCGACACUCUGUGCCUCGCCUUUUCUCCGCCCCACACCCUCCUCCUUUCCUUACCCUGCCUGUCCCUACCGUGUCUCUCCUCACCCCCUCAGGUGAAUGCGUUCAACCCAGCAGUAGUGGGCAACGUGAUGUGCCGCAACCUUAUCAACAUUGACUGGUCGUACAGCACGCGCUGUCUGUUGCAGCCGCAAGACAAAGAACAUCUUCCAACACCAAUUUCUAUUGCUUGUUGGAACAUCUUGCGGGGACAGAUUUCUGAUUGCACGGCGUUACCACUGUUCUCUAAUUUGGAUAUUGGGAACUCCAACUAUUAGGCUAUUUGCGAUGGUGCAUGUGUUUGUUUGAUUGUUGUUUGCAUUUGAGGGGUGUGCAUGGGUUUGAUAAAUACUGUCUGUUUCGGGGUGUGCCUGCUGCUCCUAGUCCCCAUGUGCAUAGUGCGUGUGGCAGCAAAUGUGAUAAGGCGUGGAUUGUGUCUGCUUCGGAUGUGCUGCUUAUAUGCAAGGUGCGGGACUCGGCGCUCAACAUCAGCACCACGGACGCCAUCCCUCAGAGCGACGUCAACCGCGAGUACUUCGCGGAGGAGCACGACCGCAAGUGCACGCGCGGGGCGGAGUGCCCCUACCGCCACGAGAUGCCCAUUACUGGGGAGCUGGCGCACCAGAACUUCAAAGACCGCUACUACGGGGACAAGUUUUACGCCUAUGGCGAGAUCGAGUCGAUUCGUCUCAUCACCCCCCGCAGCUGCGCUUUUAUCACAUACACAACGAGGGAGGAUGCAGAGAAGGCGACGGAGGGCCUAGCUAACAAGCUCAUCGUGAAGGGGAUCCGGCUGAGGCUCGACUGGGGCCGGCCGAAGCAAGAGGGAAUAGAAGGGGGGGAAGAGGCGGGAGGAAGGAAGAUGCUAGAAGGGGGAGAAGGGGGAGCGGGAGAGGGCGUGGCUGGGGCUGGCUUCGGGAUCUUGCCUCGGAGUGGGGUAGGUUUGACGGUAGGUCCGGCGACGUCUGCAUCGAUGUACCCAUCUAUGAAUCCUGAGAGGAUGGGGGCGCGCACACGGAACAGGGAAGGGGGGGAGGGAGGAGGUGGGGGAGGAGGAGGAGGGGGAGGGGGGGGCGGUGGUGGUGGUAGCAGUGGUGCUGGCAGCGGCGAUGCUGCUGCUGCUGCUGCUGCUGCAUCUGUUGCUCCCGCAUACCAAUACCCACCGCAUGCUUACCCCCCUCCUGGCCAUGCCGCCUAUCCCGCCACCUCCCCUCCCCAGCCUUACCAACCUCCCCCAGGCAUGCCGGCUCCAGGCGCCCCUCCCCUUCAUCCAGGGGCCUACCAGCACCAGCAGGGGCCAUACCCCGAUUCCUACCCCCCUCCCAUGGGUUACCCCCAGCAGCAGCAGCAGCAGCAGCAGCAACAGCACUAUCAGCAGCAGCAACACUAUCAGCAGCAGCCGCAGCAGUAUCAACAGCCCCCAUACAUGCCGCCCCCCUCCCAGUAUGCUCCACAGCAAGGCCCUCCACCCCCAUACCCAGGUGGUCCGUCAGGUGCUCCGCAACAAUACCCAGGUGGUCCUCAGCUGUUCCCAGGUGCUCAACAACAGUACCCAGGUGGUCCUUCAGGUGGUUCGCAACAGUACCCAGGUGUCCCGCCAGGUGCACAGCAGCAAUACCCCGGACCUCCUCCGCAGCAGCCCUACCCUCCCCAACAGUACCCUGGGCCCGGGCCAGCAGGUCCGGGGUAAUACGGUCCUCCCAGGCCUGGUGCCGGGCCUCAGGGUUAGGCUUGCAGAAGGGUGCAGAGCAGUCGGCUGUGGCGGACAAGGGUUGUGCGAGCAAUUCACGUUUUUCUCAGCUCCCCCUGAGCCGUGCCUGCAGCUGAGAAGG